UGCUCAUCGACUUAUGGCGACCCAAUUGUGCGAGCAGUGUGUUCAAGCAUUGGGUGCAUUUGACUAUGUUGCGGCCAACAAACUGGCUGCUCGCGUUUUGAAGAUUAGUCCAACUCUCGGAAGCAUACUUUCGAAGCUCACUAAUUGUGAGAGUAUCUUUACGCAACUGUCCUUUCUUAAACCGAAAUGGUUCUUCCGAAAAGACAAUUUUUUGACUUCAAUGUAUAUCAACCUUGGUGAAGAAAUACCGCGGCAUCUCCCAGCUAUGGAGGCGACUGGAUUGAUUGUUGGCGCUGAUUCACCUGAAGAGCAUGAUAUGGAUCUGAUCCUUGCUGCGCUGAAAGAUGUCACCAAGGUUCGACAAGGUCACAUCAGAAUAUAUCGUUCUAUGGCCACUUACUUGUUAGAGUCAUCCUCAACUCUAACGCUGGAUGAGGUUGAGGCAUUAUAUAACAUGACCAACGAGAUGGGGCUGCCUGAUAGAAUCGGCUUACUAGGAGUGAGCAUAGAGAAGGAAAUGAACGUAUUAUAUGCUUUAUUGAAGGCUCGAGAUUCCAUUGUAUAUUAUGCAUUUCAAGAUACAUGUAUAUCGUUAUAUGAAUGUCGGCAAGAUUUGAAUGAAUGGAAAAAACUGGUACAAGAACAAGAGUUUCCGGAGAAAUCAUCUGUAAAUAGUCAAGAAUCCCGCUCAAGCUCUACAUGGCGAUCUCUGUUCUUUGGUAUGGCUGAUGGUUCCAAAGGAUACAGUAGGGGUGACAUAUUGCCACAUACAAUUCGUUGGCAAAUGGCAUAUCUCGAAAAUUUGACCUCAAAAACGACCCUAUAUUUCAACUCCAUAUUGCUGGCCAAGGAAAGGAAAAUCGUUUCCAACGAUGAUCCAGAACGAUCUCUUUGGAAAGGGUUAAGGAUAGACUACCAUGAUCAAAUAUGCUCGUUCCGAAAGCGUUACUCUGCCCUAAGCAUUGCCUUCAUAUAUGAGGUCUCGCCCGACAUUCCGUUUCAUCCCCAUGGAUACGUUUGCUCAGACACAUCAUAUGAAAGUCCUCAAGGCGUACAUUCAUUCCCAUUUAUCUAUUACUACCCAAAGCCCCCAUCUAGAGAACAUCUGCCAAAUAUCAUUACCAUGAUUCAAAGUUGUUCACCAAAGCUGAAUGAUCCCAAAGCAACGCCUUUACAUUUUUUUGAUACCAAACUUGCAAGCACAUACUAUUUAAUGCGUGUAGACCCUCGAGUGGUUAUGGUAAUUAUCUAUCUAGAUCAACAUGCUCAUCCAGAACAAGCUGCAAUUGAUUUUAUGGAAAACUUGGUGAAGUCCUUGCGUGGAGCCCAAGUAGUCUCAGACCUGAUGUCCACAGACUGAAAAUGACGGAUCUAUUUGUUUACAUGCUUUUUGACAGGCAUCUUCAUCAGGGU